GUUCGUUGAUAUAAAUAUUAUAUCAACAUACCUUUGGUUGAGAAAAAUCACCAUAUACAAAGAUUUUCUUAUCACCUUAGCUAAAAUCAAUGGCUAACCCAAACUCUCUUCCACUCUAUGAAAAAAUUUGGUACAAACACAAUUACAAAAGGGUAUUAGAUAGUUUGAUUUUAAUCCUCCUUUUGUUGUUGCUUAGUUACCGUGUUAUCUUUGUUAACAACUACUCUUUCCCUUGGUUUGUUGCUUUAAUAUGUGAAAUAUGGUUCACCUUAUCUUGGAUUUUCACUAUGAGCACUCAAUGGAGUCCAGCCUUUAACAAAACCUACCCUGACCGUCUCCUCCAAAGUGUGCAAGAACUUCCACCAGUGGAUUUAUUUGUAACAACAGCAGAUGACAAGCUAGAACCACCAAUCAUAACAAUAAACACUGUCUUAUCACUAUUAGCACUUGAUUACCCUUCUCAUAAGCUAGCUUGUUACGUUUCUGAUGAUGGUUGUUCUCCUCUAAUCUUCUAUGCUCUUCAUGAAGCUUCAAAAUUUGCAAUACAUUGGGUACCUUUUUGUAAAAAGUACAAUGUACAAAUUAGAGCUCCAUUUAGAUACUUUUGUGAUGAAGACAACAAAUGCAUGACCAAUAAUGAAGAAUUCAGACAAGAAUGGUCACGAAUGAAGGAUAUGUAUGAUAAUCUUAGCCGUAAAAUUGAUGUGGACCCAAACUCAAUUCCAAAUUUACUUCAAGGAGAAUAUACUGUUUUCUCAAAUACUCACAGGACUGAUCAUCCAGGCAUAAUCAAGGUUAUAUGGGAGAACAAGGAAAUGGUUGAAGAUGGAUUGCCACAUUUGAUAUACAUAUCUAGAGAGAAGAGGCCAAAGCAACCACAUCAUUUCAAAGCCGGUGCCAUGAAUGUGUUGACAAGAGUAUCUGGGUUGAUUACAAAUGCACCCUUCAUAUUGAACGUGGAUUGUGACAUGUUUGUAAACAAUCCAAAGACUGUUCUUCAUGCAAUGAGCAUUUUACUUGAUUCAAAGGGAGAAAAAGAAGUUGCAUUUGCUCAAUGUCCCCAACAAUUCUAUGCUACACUUAAAGAUGAUCCUUUUGGAAAUCAGUUGACAAUUUUGUAUAAGUACCUUGGAGCUGGAUUAGCAGGACUCCAAGGAAUAUUCUAUGGAGGAACAAAUUGCUUUCAUAGAAGAAAAGUUAUUUAUGGUCUCUUUCCGGAUGACGUGGGAAAGGGAAACAAGUUAUCAGAUGAAGAGUUAAAACAAAAAUUUGGAGCUUCAAAGCAACUUAUGAAAUCAGUUGUUGAUACUUUUGAAGGAAAGAUAUAUGCACCUAGUGAUGUUAUUAAUGUUACCAAAGCUGUUGAAGAAGCUAAUCAAGUUGCUGGCUAUGGAUAUGAAUACAGGACUGGCUGGGGUAAACAGGUAGGUUGGAUGUAUGGAUCAAUAACAGAGGAUGUACAUACUGGACUAACAAUGCAUGAAAAAGGUUGGAGAUCAGAAUUAUGUACACCAGAUCCAAUACCUUUCAGAGGUUGUGCUCCAAUUGGUGGCCCAACAUCAAUGUCCCAACAAAAGAGAUGGGCCACAGGAAUGCUUGAGAUUUUCUUUGGAAAACAUUGUCCUAUUUUUGGUACAAUUUUUGGUAAACUUUCUUUUAGGCAAUUCUUAGCUUAUAUGUGGAUCAUUAAUUGGGGAUUCAACCCUGUUGCUCAAGUAUGCUAUGCUUCUCUCACUGCUUAUUGCAUCAUUACCAACUCCAAUUUCCUGCCAAAGGAUUGGGGCAUAUAUAUUCCAACUGCAGUAGUUGUGAUUUACAAAAUAUACACUCUAUAUGAAUACUUGGACUCAGGAAUGUCAAUUAGAGCAUGGUGGAACAAUCAAAGAAUGUCAAUAAUAACACCAAUGAACGCCGGAUUUUGCGGAUUUAUUACAAUCCUACUCAAGUUGUUAGGAAUUUCCGACACAGUUUUCGACAUAACAAAGAAAGACAUCCCCCCAUCUAACGACGACACACACAAUAAGAACGCCGGUAGACAUACAUUUGACGAGUCAUUAUUUUUUUUGCCGGGAACUACCAUCUUAUUGUUGCAAUUGACAGCAAUAUUUAUCAAGUUAUUUGGAUUUCAACCACAAGGAGUACUAAGUGGGAAUUAUGAGUGUGGAAUGGCUGAAAUUUUGUGCAGUGUUUAUGUGAUCAUAUGUUACUGGCCAUUUCUUAAAGGAUUGUUUGGGACAGGUAAAUAUGGGAUUCCUUUGACAACAAUAUGUAAAGGAGGAAUUUUGACAUGUCUCUUUGUAUGUCUAUGUAGAAAGACAGUUUCUGUUUGAUUAAUUGUUGUCUAUUGAAUAUAGAUGUCUUGAUCAUAUGUGUCACAAUAUUUGUUUAGACAUUUUUACAUGUAAUAAUUAGCUAGUUUUUUUUAAAAACAAAAAGUGUAGCACUUGUCCCCGUUGGUGUAAACUCUGAACUUGUAAAUUAUUGUUUGGGAAUAGUGUCAUUAAUAAAAUGCAACUUUUUUUUUU